AUGGAAUCCAAACGCGAUGUCUUCGAGACUUUAGAUCUUAUCUCAUUGUUCGCUUCUGAUCCAGCAACGGAUGGAAGCUCUUCUGAGACUCAAACUCCUGAGAAUGAUACGGAAUCGCAGCUGUCGAGCGAGAAGAGGAAUAACCCUUCUGGGUCUGAUGAUGCGCCAAGGACGGAGACGCGAAAACGAAAGGCGAGGGAGAAGAGUAAUAAUAACAAUUCUCCUGGGUCGUCUGGUCGUAGGCCGAAGAAGGAGAGGCGAAAAGACGUAGUGUUUUCGAAGACGAUUGAGAUGCCACAGAUGCUGAGAGAUCGGAUUGAAGAAUUGGGUGGCUUUAACAUCCAAUUUGCGACUCAAAAGAGACUGCAAGACACUGACAUGAACAAGAACCACGGUCGAUUACUGAUUCCUUUUAAAAAACUGGUGAAUGAUUUUGCAUCAGAAGAGGAGAAGAGGCUGUUGAAGCAACAUGAUCAAGAGGAUUUGAAAAACAAGAAUGGAAUGACAGUGUUGAUAAUUGAUCCUCAGUUAAGAAACAGACAGAUUGGGCUGAAAAUGUGGAAGGUUGGGCAACACGAAAGCUAUUGUCUGAUGUCAAAGUGGAAUUUGUUUGUCAAAGAGAAUUCACUCGAAAGUGGAGAUUACAUCCAACUUUGGAGUUUUAGAUCAGAUAACGCUUUUAUAGUUGGGCAUGAAGCUCAACUGCCUAUCAACUCCAAUCUUUGCUUCGCUUUCGUUAAACUUGACAUCUCGGAGGGAAUUUUUAAAUUUAUUUGA